AAAAGGUUGUGCUAUCGUUAGCACCAAUAAUACGUUGACACGUCAUAUAAUUGGGAAUUACAGAAUCGACCCAUUGUCUUCUUCUUACAGUCUUUCUUUUUCAGAUCUUUGUGUUUGCUCUAAUGGAGUGGAUUGGGAAGAGAGUGAAGUCCCGGAGCUGGCAGCGUCUUCAGGUGGUUAACAAGCGGAAGAAGAUGGAGACUGUAGCUCCUGUGACAUCUCCUCCAAAGAAACGACGGCAGAAGAAACGAAAGGAUCCUGAUUCUGACAUUGAAGAUAUCACACCAACUUACAACGACCGUGUUCCUCCUCCUCAAGUCAGUAACAGGUACUCUGUACCUAACAACUCUUUGAAAGAGAGUUUUUCUAGGAUAAUCAGAGAUCUGAAUGUGGAGAAGAAAUCAGGUCCAAGCUCCUCUAGGUUAAGAGAUGGGUCUGAACAGAACCCAUGUGUGAAAGAGAGUUCUUUUAGGGUUAGUGAUCUGGGUGUGGAGAAGAAAUGUUCCCCUGAGAUUAUACCAGUUCCGAGCUUUUCUAAGUUAAAGGAUGGGUCUGAACAGAAGAACACAUGUCUGAAUGAGAAGACUUCUCCUGAGAUUACUGAUUUGGAUAUUGUAAUAUCCGUUCCGAGCUCUUCUGUGUUAAAAGAUGUGUCUGAAGAAAACAGAUUUUUGAAGGAGAAGUGUUCUCCUGAGAUUAGAGGUUUGGUUGUUGAAAAAUCAGUCCUUCGUGAAAUAGAGAUUCUUUCAGAUUCUGAGUCUGAAAUUGAAGCUAGAAGAAGAGCUUCAGCCAAGAAGAAGCUAUUUGAGGACAGCAGCAGAAUCGUAGAGUCUAUCAGUGAUGGCGAAGAUAGCACAAGUGAAACCGAUGAAGAGGAAGAAGAAAAUCAAGAUAGUGAAGAUAAUAACACCAAAGAUAAUUUAACGGUGGAGUCUUUGUCUUCUGAGGAUCCAUCUUCAUCAUCAUCAUCAUCAUCAUCAUCAUCUUACUCUUCUUCCUCGAGUGACGAUGAGAUAUAUUUAAAGGAGGUAGUUGGAGAUAAUACAGAUGAUGAUGACUUGAGAAAGGCCAGUUCACCAAUCAAGAAAGUCUCUUUAGCGGAAAGGAAGCCUUUGGUAAGGUAUAAGAGGUCUGGUUCUAGCUUAACCAACCCUAUAAAAAAGGACAAGAAGAUUCAGAAAUUAAACCACCGAGAAGAAGAAGAAAAAGAACGACAAGGAGAAGUUGUAAGAGUAGUAACAAAGCAGCCGAGCAAUGUUGUGUUCACUUGUGCUCAUUGUGGCAAAGAGAACACAGGAAUCCCUGAAUCUCACAGCUCUUUCAUUAGACCACAUUCAUUAAGAGAUGAAAUUGAGGAUGUCAACAACUUUGCUUCUACUAAUGUAUCAAAGUAUGAAGAUUCUGUUUCCAUCAACUCUGGGAAGACAACUGGAAAUCCAUCCAGACCUGAAGUGGAGAAUGCAGAGACAGGAAAAGAAGUAAAAACAUUUGAGAAGCCAUCCAUAUCCAGACCUGAAACUUUCACUACAGAGAAAGCAAAAGAGGUACAAGUACCUGAAAAGCCAUCAACACCUGAAAUUUUCGGUUCUGAGAAAGCAAAGGAGGUACAAGCACCUGAAAUGCCAUCAAGACCUGAGAUUUUCAGUUCAGAGAAAGCAAAAGAGCCACAAGCACCUGAAAUGCCAUCAAGACCUGAGAUUUUCAGUUCAGAGAAAGCAAAAGAGCCACAAGCACCUGAAAUGCCAUCAAGACCUGAGAUUUUCAGUUCAGAGAAAGCAAAAGAGCCACAAGCACCUGAAAUCCAGAAUUCAGAGAAAGCAAAAGAGGUCCAAGCCAAUAACAUCUUGGGUUUGAUGACACCUACAGUUGCAGUUGCAGUUGCGGAGGGGUUAAAUAAGUCUGUUGUGACUAAUGAACAUGUUGAUGAUGACUCUGAUUCUUCUAUUAGCUCUGCAGAUGGAUAUGAAUCUGAUCCUACUCUAAAAGACAAAGAGGUCAAGAUUAAUAACAACUCGGAUUGGAGAAUGAUGAAUGGAAACCAUAAAGAAGUUGAUCUAUUCAGGCUUCUUGUAAACUCUGUUUGGGAGAAAGGUCAAUUAGGUGAGGGAGAGGAAGAAGCAGACGAACUAAUUUCUUUACCUGAAGACCAUUCUCAAGAACAAGCAAAGGAAGAUCAAAGAAAAUAUGAUGAUGAUGGACUUCUAAUCAUUAGGCCACCACCAUUGAUAGAGAGAUUUGGUGUGGAGGAGCCUGAAUCACCACCUGUGGUUUCUGAGUUAGAUUCAGAGGAAGAGAUGCUGUGGGAAGAACUAGCAUUUUUCAGUAAAUCUAACGACAUCGGCGGCAACGAGCUUCCUUCAAAUGUAGAGAAAGAUAUAUCAACUAAAGAAACUCCAGCAGCACAAUGUAAAAAGGGGAAUCACGAGCUGUGUCUUGAUCUUGAGGUUGGUUUGAAGUGUAUGCACUGUGGCUUCGUGGAGAGAGAGAUCCGGAGCAUGGAUGUAUCUGAGUGGGGAGAGAAGAUUACAAGGGAAAGGAGAAAAAUUGAUAGAUUUGAAGAGGAAGAAGGCAGCAGCUUCAUUGGGAAACUUGGGUUUGAAGCUCCUAACAACAGCUUAAGUGAGGGAUGUGUUUCUUCGGAAGGAACUGUUUGGGAUAAGAUCCCAGGGGUCAAAUCUCAAAUGUAUCCUCACCAGCAAGAGGGUUUUGAGUUUAUCUGGAAGAACUUAGCCGGUACAAUCUUGUUGAACGAGCUCAAGGACUUUGAGAACAGCGAUGAGACGGGAGGAUGCAUCAUGUCACACGCUCCCGGGACAGGAAAAACUCGCCUGACCAUCAUUUUCCUGCAAGCCUAUCUUCAAUGCUUCCCAGAUUGCAAACCAGUGAUCAUUGCUCCUGCAAGCUUGCUUCUCACAUGGGCAGAGGAGUUCAAGAAAUGGAACAUAAGCAUUCCCUUUCAUAAUCUCAGCAGUUUGGACUUUACUGGGAAAGAGAGCUCCGCGGCGCUGGGGCUUUUGAUGCAGAAGAAUGCCACUGCAAGAAGCAAUAAUGAGAUAAGGAUGGUGAAAAUAUACUCUUGGAUAAAAUCGAAGAGCAUACUGGGGAUCAGCUACAACCUCUAUGAGAAGCUUGCAGGAGUUAAAGACGAGGACAAAAAGACAAAGACAGUGAGAGAAGUGAAACCAGACAAAGAAUUAGAUGAUAUCAGAGAGAUACUUAUGGGAAGGCCUGGACUUCUUGUUCUUGACGAGGCACACACGCCUCGGAACCAGAGAAGUUGUAUAUGGAAAACACUAUCCAAAGUGGAAACACAGAAACGUAUCUUGCUUUCUGGAACUCCUUUCCAGAACAACUUCCAGGAGCUGUGCAAUGUUUUGGGACUCGCAAGACCUAAAUAUCUGGAAAGGCUCACAUCCACACUCAAGAAAAGUGGGAUGACUGUAACAAAGAGAGGAAAAAAAGCUUUGGGGAAUGAAAUCAACAACCGUGGGAUUGAAGAGCUGAAGGCUGUUAUGCUUCCAUUUGUGCAUGUCCAUAAAGGAAGCAUUCUUCAAAGUAGCCUCCCUGGUUUGAGAGAAUGUGUUGUGGUCUUAAACCCACCUGAGCUGCAGAGGAGAGUCCUAGAAUCCAUUGAAGUCACUCACAACCGGAAAACAAAAAACGUAUUUGAAACAGAACACAAGCUGUCUUUAGUCUCAGUCCAUCCUUCUCUAGUCUCUCGCUGCAAACUUUCUGAGAAGGAACGUUUGUCCAUCGACGAGGCUCUGCUUGCACAGCUUAAGAAGGUAAGACUCGAUCCAAAUCAAAGCGUGAAAACGAGAUUCCUCAUGGAGUUCGUUGAGUUAUGCGAGGUGAUAAAGGAGAAAGUGUUGGUCUUCAGCCAAUACAUCGACCCAUUGAAACUGAUCAUGAAACAUCUGGUCUCUCGUUUCAAGUGGAAUCCAGGGCAGGAAGUGUUGUACAUGCAUGGCAAACUCGAGCAAAAACAAAGACAAACCUUGAUCAACGAAUUCAAUGAUCCAAAAUCCAAGGCCAAAGUGUUCUUAGCUUCAACAAAAGCCUGCUCUGAAGGGAUCAGUCUGGUAGGAGCAUCAAGGGUGAUUCUUUUGGAUGUUGUGUGGAAUCCGGCAGUCGAAAGACAAGCUAUAAGCCGUGCUUACAGAAUCGGGCAGCAGCGGAUUGUUUACACAUAUCACUUGGUUGCAAAAGGAACUCCUGAGGGACCAAAAUACUGUAAGCAAGCACAAAAGGAUAGGAUCUCAGAGCUUGUGUUUGCAUGCUCUUCAAGACAUGACAAAGGAAAGGAAAAGAUUGCUGAAGCUGUGACAGAGGAUAAAGUGUUGGACACUAUGGUGCAGCAUUCGAAGCUUGGGGAUAUGUUUGACAAUCUCAUCGUCCAACCAAAGGAAGCAGAUUUAGUUGAAGGUUUCAGCAUUCUUAUGCCAUGAGUCAUCACAAAACUCUUGGCUUCAUUCAUCUCUUCCCUAUAAUAUCUUAUGCUAUUUCAGGUUUCCAAGACUUGUGUUUUGCUUUUGUAUGAUCCUUUUGGGCAUCUUCUUUCUCAGAAAAACCUUGGCUUUUGUAUGGAUUUCAUUAUGUCUGCUAUGAACUCUAACUUAUAUAGCAAAAUGUUUCAUGUUAAAACCACAUCUGCAACUAUAUUAGAACGAAGUUUCAAUCAUGCUUUGUUUCUGUUAAUUCCAACUUCAAAACUUUGACACUCACCAGAGAUUAGAUGUCUCUGUUGUCAAACUAACUGAGACAAGAUACAUAUAUCGAACGAAUGCUGUCAAUAACUUAACCUUUGUAAUAACAUCUGUGAAUGGAA